UUAAAUGAAGAUAGUGAAAGUUUGGACAAGUUUCCUGUCAGAUAAGAUUGAAGUAUUUACGUAUAUAAAAACUUCAUAAUUGUGGUUAUAUUAUUUAUAACUUAUUGAUACAUACUUUGUUCACAGGCUGACGACUGCAAACGCAAAAAUGAGAAUAAAAAUUUUCAUUGCUGUUCUUUGCCUUACGACUGUGCAAUGUUUGCGUCGAAAAUCAGGUCCUAAAUGUAGCAAGAAAAGCGGUCCAGUUUGUGCUCAAAACGGUAAAACUUACAAACAUGAAUGCGCUGCAAUUAGGAGAGGAUUAGAGAUAGGUUGUAAGCACGAAUGUCCAUGUACACCAUGUGCCUGUACAAAGAACUACAAGCCUUUGUGUGGAGUAGACGGCAAAACAUAUUCUAACAUCUGCCAGGCAAGAUGCAAAGGAAUUAAGCCACGAUGUCAGCGUGAAUGUCCAUGUAAGCCAUUGAAGUCAUGUGACACGUGUGGUAAGAGAAAAAAACCCGUAUGUGGUGCCGAUGGAGCCACUUACCGAAACGGAUGUUUGGCCAAAUGCCGUGGUGUUAAGUUACUGUGUAAAGGUAUGUGUCCGUGUAAAGGACUUCCUCCAUGUGCCUGUAGAAAAGAUUACAACCCAGUGUGUGGUGCUGAUGGGAGGACAUACGAAAAUGAAUGCUUAGCAGGUUGCGGAAAUUCAACUGUUUCAUGCAACUAUGAAUGUCCGUGCCUGGCAUGUGGAUGUAAAAAAAGACGGAAACCAGUUUGUGGCAGAAAUGGAAAAUCAUACUUGAAUAGAUGUUUGGCUAAAUGCGAUGGAACUAAACCUAAAUGUAAAGGGGAUUGUCCUUGUGAAGGUCAAACGGAAGCACUGGAUAUAAGAUGUCUCUGUAACCGGAAGUUUCAACCGGUGUGCGGCAGAGAUGGGAAAACUUACAACAACCCCUGCAUGGCGAAAUGCUCAAAAACUAAGAUACAAUGCAAAGGCCCAUGUCCAUGCAGGGAAGAAAAGUUGUGUAAGUGUACGAGAGAACGGAAACCAGUUUGUGGACGUGAUGGUAAAACAUACAGCAACACCUGUAUGGCGGAAUGUCAAAACGUUGCAAUUGAAUGUCAAGGUGAUUGUCCGUGUAGACCAGACAAGUUAUGUAUGUGUACCAGGGAAAGAAAACCGGUCUGUGGGCGUGAUGGAAAAACAUACAGCAAUAACUGUAUGGCGAAAUGUCAUGAUGUAGCCAUUUCUUGUAAUGGAGAGUGUCCUUGCAAAAAACCAUGUAUUUGUACAAUGGACUAUAGACCAGUUUGUGGCAUUAACAAUAAGACCUAUAGCAAUAAAUGCAAUGCCGAUUGCGACAAUGCUCAGAUUGCAUGCGAUGGAGAAUGCCCUUGCAAAAAGCCUUGUAUAUGUACCUUAGAUUAUCGACCUGUAUGUGGAACCAACGGCAUGACAUUUGGAAACAAGUGUAAUGCCGAUUGCGACAAUGCUGAAGUGGCUUGUAAUGGCGAGUGCCCCUGUAAAAGCAAAUCCUGUAUAUGUACUAUGGACUAUCAACCAGUAUGUGGAACCAACGGGAAGACCUAUGGGAACAAAUGCAAUGCUGGCUGUGAUCAAACAGAGGUAGCAUGCAAUGGUGAAUGUCCUUGUAAAGGAGCAUGCGCAUGUUCAAAGGAAUAUACUCCAGUAUGUGGUACCAAUGAUGAAACAUAUUUAAAUAAAUGUGAAGCCGACUGCGUUGGGGUAGAUGUGGCCUGUAAAGACGAAUGUCCAUGCCAAAAUACAACUGACCAUUGCGUUUGCACGAUGGACUACAGACCCGUAUGUGGAACAAAUGGUCAGACAUAUGGUAAUAAAUGCGGCGCUAACUGUGCAAAGACUAUCAUCGCAUGUGAGGGAGAAUGUCCAUGCAAAGACAUAAAAAAACCUUGUCUUUGCACGAUGGAUUACAGACCAGUCUGUGGUGUAAAUGGACGGACAUACGGUAACAAAUGUGAGGCCAACUGCGAUGGAGCUAGUAUCGUUUGUGAAAGGGAAUGUCCUUGCGGAAAUACAAAACGGCCUUGUAUAUGUACAUUGGACUAUAGACCUGUAUGUGGUGUUGAUGGGAUAACAUAUGGUAACAAAUGUGGGGCUGACUGUGCCAAUAUUGAAGUGGAGUGUAAUGGCGAGUGUCCUUGUCGGAGAUUAUGUCAAUGUAGCAGAGAGUAUAAACCGGUGUGUGGAAGUGACAAGAAAACAUACAGUAAUAGAUGUUUGGCGGAAUGCAAUAAUGCAGACAUCCUCUGUAACGACACAUGUCCUUGUAAAGCCCCUUGUUACUGUAUGGCUAGUUAUGACCCUGUCUGUGGUGUCAACAACAGAACAUAUGACAACGAAUGUGGAGCAGGAUGUGAUAAUACUGCUGUUUCCUGUCAGGGCAAUUGUCCAUGUAUGGGCAACAAAAAACCAUGUGCAUGUACACGUGACUAUCGCCCUGUAUGUGGUAUUAAUGACCAAACAUAUGGGAACGAAUGUGGUGCUGAUUGUGCGAAAGUUGACGUUGCAUGUAAUGGAGAAUGUCCAUGUCGUAAUAGAAGUGAACCCUGUAUCUGUACAAUGGAGUUUAGACCAGUCUGUGGAGUAAACGGAGAAUCGUACGAUAACACAUGCCAGGCCGAUUGUGAAGGUGUCGAGAUUGCAUGUAAUGGGGAAUGCCCGUGUAGGAACAACCGAUUGUGUCAAUGUACUAGAGAGUAUAAACCUGUAUGUGGACGUGAUAGAAAGACGUAUAAUAACAAAUGUAUGGCUGUAUGCAAAAGUGCACAGAUUCAAUGUGAAGGAGAAUGUCCUUGUACACGAUCCGCGGAGAGUUUGUGUGUUUGUACAAUGGAAUAUUCCCCAGUAUGUGGAACCAACAACCAAACGUACGGAAACAAGUGUGGAGCGGAUUGUGCCAGUACGGCUAUAGCUUGUAACGGAGAAUGUCCAUGUAGAACGGAAUGUAUCUGCACAAUGGAUUACAGACCUGUAUGUGGAGUUGAUGGGAAAACAUAUGGGAACAAAUGUGGUGCCGAUUGUCAAAACGUUGAGAUUGAAUGUCAAGGUGAAUGUCCAUGUAGAAAAGAUAAGUUAUGUAGGUGUACCAGAGAACGCAAACCUGUGUGCGGACGUGAUGGCAAAACAUACAGCAACAGAUGUAUGGCAGAAUGUCAAGGUGCACAGAUUCAAUGUGAAGGAGAAUGUCCUUGUACAAGAUCCGCGGAAAGUUUGUGUGUUUGUACAAUGGAAUAUUCACCAGUAUGUGGAACCAACAACCAAACGUACGGAAACAAGUGUGGAGCUGAUUGUGCCAGUACGGCUAUAGCGUGUAACGGAGAAUGUCCAUGUAAGACGGAAUGUAUGUGUACAAUGGAUUACAGACCUGUAUGUGGAGUUGAUGGGAAAACAUAUGGGAACAAAUGUGGUUCCGAUUGUCAAAACGUUGAGAUUGAAUGUCAAGGUGAAUGUCCAUGUAGAAAAGAUAAGUUAUGUAGGUGUACCAGAGAACGCAAACCUGGGUGCGGACGUGAUGGCAAAACAUACAGCAACAGAUGUAUGGCAGAAUGUCAAGGUGCACAUAUUCAAUGUGAAGGAGAAUGUCCUUGUACAAGAACUGCGGAGAGUUUGUGUGUUUGUACAAUGGAAUAUUCCCCAGUAUGUGGAACCAACAACCAAACAUACGGAAACAAGUGUGGAGCGGAUUGUGCCAGUACGGCUAUAGCUUGUAACGGAGAAUGUCCAUGUAGAACGGAAUGUAUCUGCACAAUGGAUUACAGACCUGUAUGUGGAACUGAUGGGAAUACAUAUGGGAACAAAUGUGGUGCCGAUUGUCAAAAUGUUGAGAUUGAAUGUCAAGGUAAAUGUCCAUGUAGAAAAGAAAAGUUAUGUAUGUGUACCAGAAACCGGAAACCAGUCUGUGGGCGUGAUGGAAAAACAUACAGCAACAAGUGUAUGGCAGAAUGCCAAGGUGCACAUAUUCAAUGUGAAGGAGAAUGUCCUUGUACAAGAUCCGCGGUAAGUUUGUGUGUUUGUACAAUGGAAUAUUCCCCGGUAUGUGGAACCAACAACCAAACGUACGGAAACAAGUGUGGAGCGGAUUGUGCCAGUACGGCUACAGCUUGUAACGGAGAAUGUCCAUGUAGGAAGGAAUGUAUCUGUACAAUGGAUUACAGACUAGUAUGUGGAGUUGAUGGGAAAACAUAUGGGAACAAAUGUGGUGCCGAUUGUCAAAACGUUGAGAUUGAAUGUCAAGGUGAAUGUCCAUGUAGAACAGAAAAGUUGUGUAGGUGUACCAGAGAACGGAAACCAGUCUGUGGUCGUGAUGGCAAAACAUACAGCAACAGAUGUAUGGCGGAAUGUCAGAAUGUAGAUAUCAAAUGCGAAAAAGAAUGCCCAUGCAGGAAACAAAAACUGUGUAGGUGUACCAGAGAACGGAAACUAGUCUGUGGAAAAAAUGGAAAGACGUACGCAAACAGAUGCAUGGCAGAUUGCAAGGCUAAUGGAGUCGACUGUGAAGGCCGAUGUCCUUGUAAAGCGUCAAGGACAUGUAGUUGUACUAAGGAAAGGAGACCAGUGUGUGGAAUGAAUGACAGGACAUAUAGUAAUAGAUGUAUGGCUGAGUGUCGUGACGUGACCGUUGCUUGUGAAGGAAGAUGUCCUUGUUGAGAUCCACCUGUCAACAUUUCUUAUAUACCAAUAUUUUAAAUACCUAUUACUGUUUGUUGUUUUAUAAAUAUAUCUUAUAUUUUUAUACUGAAUUUCAUGAUAUUGUUCAUUGUUAUAAUUGUGCAUUCAAAAAUGUAAAACGAUUUUUAUGAACUCAUUUUUAUUGUAUUUUUAUCAAUAAAGCUUACGGCGCUAUACCAAUUA